GGGGGUUUGUGAAGGGAAGGAAGGGGGCGGCAAAGAGCGGCUGCCCCCCAGUCCCAAAGGGCCCCCGUGUGACCGCAGCCCUGAGAGACACUUCAGGCGGCGUCGCAUCUCCCCGCACGGAGCCACUCAGAGGGGCUUCGCUUCCCGCACAGCUCGGGCGCCCCUGCUCUGGCCCAGCCCAGCCUGUUCAUCUGCGAUGUUUAUUGUUGUUAUGAGUGGCGGGGGUCCGGCGGAGGCAUCUCUGCUGCCCCGCAUAUGGCGGCGCCUGAGCAGUGUGAUAAAAACCGGGAAUGGCAUGGCUGCCCCACACCACUUUUCCUCUAUGGCUGCUCUCCCUACAGGCGCCGCGGAGGGACAUUCCCGGCCGUGUCGCGCUCCCCCUCACUGAGCAUGGAGCUCCGCGGGGCGAGCGAAGCGUGGGACUCUCCGGGAGGGAGGAAGGAGCAGAAGCGGCGGCGGCGGCGGCGGAGAGGGGAGCAGGGCCGGAGCGAGCCGGAGAGCCCGGCGCAGGCGGGAGAGCGGCAGAGGCGGCGGCUGCUGGAGGCGUGUUCAGAACUGCAGAGCUCAGAAUUCUGGGAUUCAAGUCUAAGAGCCAUCUUCAGAUCCCUCCCCAAACACCCGGCAACCGUGCCUGCCGUCGAGAAAGCCCUCUCUGCCUUUGGGAACCUGCAGCUCUCAACACCAGCUGAGACAGUCCUUGAGCCCAGCUUCCAGCUGCAAGAGGAGCCCUAUUACAACAGAGGCAAUAGCUUGCAGUGCGUGUGUUAUGGCAUUGGAAACUUCUCCUCUUGCAUCAAGGCACGAUACCAGCUGGCCUUCCUGCUCCUGCUAUUGCAGGAGCUCAAGAUUCCCAAAAACCUUUGUUACGUGUUCGACCCUGUCUUUUCCACGUUAGAAAUUGAAGUCCUUAACAAUUUUGACCUCACAGUGCUCCUGGAGAACGAGGAGGGGAAACGCUGCGUCCAAGAGCCCACCAUCUUCUACAUGGUCCACUGUGGGAAGGCUCUCUAUAACAACCUGCUGUGGAGCAACUGGUCUGUGGACGCCCUCUCCAGAAUGGUCAUUCUGGGGAACAGCUUCAAGGGCACUGAAGAAAGGGUGCUGAACAAGAUAUUCCAAAAGGAUUAUAGUUACAUCGCAAAGGUUUUACCAGCAACAGAUGAAACAGAUCUUCCUUCUCACCCCCAGUAUCUGGACAUAUUUAACGACACCUCCGUCCACUGCUUUCCAUUAGAGAAACUGAAGCACCUACCUCCAGAGAUUUGGGAUUUCCAGGAGGAGCCAGUUUACCAGGAUGAGGAUCAGCUAGAGAUAAUCAGAAAUAAACAGUGACAUCAUUCCCACGCCAGAGGCCAUGGAGAACUGUGGGAGCGGAGGUGCAAUCCUGGAUUUUUAGUCCCUUCUUGGCAAAGGGGUUUGAGUCACUUCUGGUUUUGCAGAGUUUAUAUGAAAUUCACCCACCAUGCCCUAAAACCAAGGACUAGCCACAUUGUCUGUUCUUUGGGUUGAUCAGCUGUGUCUCCACAGGACAAAAGAUAAACAAAUGGCAUGCGCAAGAUGUGAAUGAGUCCUACCAAGGCUCAUUGAGCUCCGAGUAAAGGGGGGCAAGUGCAACCAUCUGCUUCUGGGCACUGGUUGUGUUCCCCAUAUGGCAGUGCUUCCCUUGUGGGACAGGACAGGACAGGAGGCCAAGAUCUAAUCGUGCUCGGCUAUCAGCCCAGGGGGAUUGGGCUCCCAUCCGCCUGUGCCAUUCCAGUCUCUUUCUAAGAGCUGCUUCACGGGCAGUUCUCAGAAAACCAAACUUCUCCAUGAACCUUGUUUUCUACGGUAUUUUAAUUAAAAACACACACUGAA